AUGGCGGACCGGCAGUCGGUGCAGCACAGCCUUAACAGCCUGCUCUCUAAACUGAGCGACCCUGACCCGGAUAUGCGAUACAUGUCGCUAAAUGAUCUACUUGGCAUUCUAAAUAAUCCUAAUUCCACCUAUCUGGCUCACGACCAAGUCUCCUCAUCAAGACUAGCUGAGGGCUUAUUGAAGGCCUUGGAUGACCAACAUGGCGAUGUCCAGAACCAAGCCCUGAAAUGUCUUGGUCCUCUUGUCCUUCGACUGCCCUUCGAAAGCCUUGCAUCUCUUCUCGAAAAGCUCACCAACCUGACAGCCUCGCAAACCAUUGACACAUCCGUUCCGAAUACUGCUCUGAGAUACAUUGUGACAGCUCUACCUCGGCCGCAGCCGGGUCAGCCUCCAAGUCAGGAGGCGACAAUGGCAUAUUCGGCCGUCUCUCGCGUCCUCAUUCCCCGCUUGACUGGCCCGACUCCAUCCCCUACUAGUCGGCGUGGCUCGAUCGUCAAGGGCAUGUUAGAGAAGGAUCCAUCGAAGGGCUUCAGCAGUGAUGCUAUUGAUGUACUCAUUCAGGUUGUCACUUGCUUUGGCCCCCUGCUGAAAGAGCCCGAAUUGACGGCUUUGCAAAACUCCGUCCUGUCUAUCGUUGACAACGAUACAGCUGGCACCGUGGUCACCAAAAGGGCUCUGACGGCCAUAUCUGCCCUCGUGCUCCACUUCUCCGAUGCUCAACUGAGCGCUUUUGUCCAGGGGCUAGUCCAAAGAUUCAACUCUCCACAACUUAGUACAGUCCAUCGGCGUCACCUCAUUGCCACCGUCGGUGGCGUAGCGAAAAGUGCCCCGGCCAAGUUCGGUCCUCAUCUUCCUACACUAGCCCCUUAUGUCUUUGCUGCUGUUGGCGAGGAUAACCUAGCACAAGUAAGUCGGCAUCGAUCCUAUCUCACUUCUAUAACCUUGCUCACGGCCCGGCUUUAUAGUAGUCAACCGGAUCCCAAUAUCGCUUUCCGUAGGCGCGAUUGCGUGAGGGACAUGAUUUUGUGCUGGUAG